UUGUCUUUUAUUUUAUGGUGUGGUGUCGGGCCGUUGCGAAGUGUGCUUUUACCGCCUAAUUAAAGAGUGGUGGAUGUUAAAGAAAUCGUGAUCAGUUUUAAAACAGAAGAAUUACAAGAGUGUCACUCAAAAUAUCGACAUAUUAAGAAUAUUUUUAGAAAUAGUUUCUCUAUAAACCGCCAAAAUGUUUUGGGGAUUAAUAAUGGAGCCAAACAAACGGUACACCCAAGUGGUGGGUAAACCGUUCCAUAUAUCACAAGCAGCCAUGGAUAUAUCCACUGGUGACAAUGAUCCCUGCCAAGUCAUGGUUGUGGUUGACGGCAAGAACUUCCUGGUUUGCACCCUUCAGAAGAACAGAUGCAUACAAGUCCCACUUGAUCUCUAUUUCAAAGCUGGAGACUCACUUUCCUUCUUGACAAAUGGUAAAUGCAAUGUCCAUCUAACUGGAUACUUGGAUCCCGAGUUUGAAGAUGAAGAAUCUGAUGAAGAUGCCGAGGAAGAGGAAGAAGAAGAGGAAGAGGAGGCUCCUCAAGCUAAUAAUAAACGGAAACUUGAGAACGGCACCGAGGGUGCUGCUAACAAGAAGGCUAAGCCAGACAAAAAAAAUGCCAAGAAAUUGGAGGCUGACAGCUCUGAGUCAGACGAUGAAGAAGAUGAAUUGCAAAAGUUUCUGGAAGGAGAGGACAUAGAUACAGAUGAAAAUGAUGAAUCCUUCAAAGUUAACACCUCAGGUGAAGCAAGUGAGGAAGAUGAUGACGAUGAUGACGAUGAAGAUGAAGAAGACGAUGAUGAUGAUGAUGAUGAGAAGGAUGAGUCAUCUGAAAAAGCUGACACAACACUCGACACAAGUGUGGAUAGCAAAAUAGAUCAAUCAAAGCUUAGCAAGUCAGCUAAGAGGCGUCUCAAGAAGAAAAUAACAGUUCAAAAAGAACCACAAGUCGCUAAUGGUGUUGAUAAAGCCAAGAAAGCGAAGCCCGAACCGAAGGAUAACAAAGCAGAUAAGAAAAAAGAGGUGAAGAAGGACGUCCAGGAAGGGGAUAAAAAAGAGAAAAAGUCCUUAAGUGGAGGGGUAUUUAUUGAGGACAUUAAAGUAGGCUCUGGACCAGUAGCUAAACCAGGAAAAGUGGUUAUGGUUUAUUACGAGGGUAGAUUGAAACAGAACAACAAAAUGUUUGACAACUGCCAAAAGGGACCAGGGUUCAGGUUCAAACUUGGAGCCAAGGAAGUGAUCUCUGGGUGGGAUGUUGGUGUCGCUGGUAUGAAAGUAGGAGGCAAGAGGAAGAUUGUAUGUCCACCACCUAUGGCGUAUGGUGCCAAAGGUUCUCCGCCAACCAUCCCGCCGAACUCCACAUUAGUGUUUGAAGUUGAAUUGAAAAAUGUUAAGUAAUUCCUAUAAAUACAAACCACCAUGUAACAGACAUUAACCGGCGGUUACGUUAAUGCCAUCAAGGUUAUGCAGGCCGCAUGCCUAUAACUUGCUACUAGGGUGCAUCUAUAACAUAACUUACUUUCUGAUAUUUUUGUAAAAUAAAAUUUUGUUUGUGUUAUAAAUGUUCCCUAUAUAGCUAUUUUUUUACUAUUAAGCCAAUAACAUAAGACAAACAGGAUUAGGUUUAAGUGUUAUACUAAGGAUCCAACUUGUGACUUGUAUUGGCUGGAAACCAAAUUAAUUGAUUUUAAAUUCAUUGAGUGCUAUUAAUUGUUAAAUUCCUACAUCUGAUUAAAUAUAAUUAGUGAUUUUUGUUAUGAAGUCAUUUACGAUGAAAACAGUGUUCUCUCUCGGUGGCUACUCGGUUAUUAUGAUCAUUGUUUUGAUAGAUUUAUUCUCCUAUCAAAGCUCUUACAAUAAGUUUACUUCAUCAAACUGAAAAAAUCAGUAAAUAGAUAAAUGCAAACUGUAAACAAUGUGUGUUUAGUUUCUGGUGAUGCAAACUGAUGGUACUGUAUUCCUCGUAUGAAAAAUAAAACAUAAUUCACUCUUCCAUUAAUAACACUAAGUAAAUGAACUUUACACAAUAAUACUUAAAUAGUUUAAUUGCUAGACAUUUUUUAAAUUUUUAUGUUUAAUUAAUACAUGUGACAUGACCAAUUGUGAGCGAUUACUAUUAUGUCACUCGUCAAUAGUUGUUGGCUUAUGCCACAUGUCAAAUCAAUUGAAGUGUAAUAAAAGUCAAUAUUCCAGUAA